AUACCGAUACGAAACUGCAAUAUGAAGAAUCAGAUUUCCGCCUGUCUUUGCUUACUCUUGGGAACAAUGGCACAGGCAAGCGAACGCCAGAUUCUGGUUUCCUACCCUGAGGAUACCCCUCACCACAUUCUCCAGCAAGCAAUCGAUGCCGUCAAACAGGCGGGCGGCACGAUUCUACACGAGUACACAUUGAUCAAGGGUUUCGCGGCCAAGGCAUCCGCUGAGGCGCUUGACACCGUGCGGACAUUUGGAUACAACGUGGAGAUCGAGGACGAUGGCCUUGCCACGACCAUGGGCUCGACUUGAAGGAUGUAUGACAGACUGAAUGUGCCCGACACAACGAUGGCUCGAGAUGAAGAACGGUCACGUCAUGUGUAUGAACGCUCUGUGGGAGCCGCGUCUACUAUCCUUUGAGGUUCUCUAUGCUGGUUCUAUGAAAGUGAUUUGCACCGAUGAAGUGCGACCUUAUUUAUCACAGACCCCGACCUGCACCCGCUGAUAAAACUCCAUAGACGCGCACAUGCAGAAAUGUCGCAUUUCACAACAGGAAUGCCCAAUUGCAACAGAUAUGAGGGACUGUAAUUGCUCGCGAGAUAUGGAACAGGACGGGUA